AUGUCAGCAGCAGACUACUACGGCACUUCCGGCAGCGGCGGCCACGGCGGCCACUCGCCUUACCCCCAGCAACAGCAGUACGCUCAAGGCCGACCGCCGCAACAACCACAAUACGCACCCUCGCCGUCGCCUUACCCGAGCCAGCCCACGUACAGCCCAGCACCCCAGGCCUCGGGUCACCUCGCCCCUUACCCCCAGCAGCCCCAGUACGCCCGCCCGGGGUCGGCCCACUCAGACUACCCGCCCGCCUACGACGGCUCGCGACCCAGCAGCGCCCAAGGCUCGCCGUACCCGCGGCCCCACUCGGCCGACCCCUACGCGCAGCAGCAGCAACAGCACCAGCAGUACCGAGACCCCAACGAUCCCAACGCGCAGCAGCAGGACGGCGAGAGGGGCCUGGGUUCGACGCUGAUCGGCGGCGGUGCGGGCGCGCUCCUGGGACGCAAGCUCGGCGGCAAGGGAAAGCUGAACUCGUUCCUCGGGGGAGCGGCCGGGGCGGUUGCGGCGAACGUCAUCUCGAGCAAGCUCUCCGGGAAGCACUCGCACGGCCAUGGCCAUCAUGAUCCGUACGGACACCAUGGAGGAUCGUCGCACCACUCGGGCGGCCUGCUGGGGAGUGUCAGCUCCUUCAUGAGCGGGUCCAGUGGCCACUCGCAUGGCCACCAUGGAGGCCACCAUGGAGGACACCACGGAGGACACCACGGCCACCAUGGCCACCAUGGGCACGACCAUGGGUAUGGACAUCACGGACACCACGGGGGUCACCACGGUGGACAUCACGGAGGCCACCACGGAGGCUGGUGA